GGAGGAGGAGGAGGAGGAGGAGGGAGAGGGAAAGAACCUGUGAGCGUUGCGGUGCCGGCCGGAGGGAGGGAGUGAGUUCGGCACCCGGCAGGAGAGCCGCAUCACCGCCAGCAUCAGCACCGCUCACCUGGCCGCAGCUUGGCUGCUGUCUGCUGGAAGUCUGUCAGCACAGGAGUCCACGUGUGACCAGGAGUGAAUUUGCCGUAUGAUUUCUCUCAUUGAAGUGUCUUCUCCUUUACCCUCCGCAUUGGACUCUUAAGACUCUGUGCACCAGGGAACGUGGCAAUCUCUUCAGCUCGGAAGCCUCUCCCCGCUUUCCCUGCGCCCACCCACCUCGGCCCCUCAGUGGAUGUAAUGUCACUCAGCUGAUCAGGGAAGAUGACCGUGAACCGAAGAGCCUCCCUGCCCCUGCUGCUGCUGUUCCUGCCCCUGCUGCUGCUGUCCGUCUGCCAACAGUGCAAGUCCAUCAGCAUCCCUCAACAGUACAAUCUGCAACAGAAAUUGCCAAAACCUCCAAAGGUCACCGAACAGACGCCAGAGAACUACACGGUCUUCCCGACUGACGACAUUGUGCUCAAAUGUGAAGCCACGGGUGAUCCAACACUUGUGUUCCGUUGGACGAAGGAUGGGACAUUUUUCGACCCGUCGAUGGAUCCUCGCGUAACGAUGAACAAGACAUCAGGCACCAUGGUGAUUGCCACCUCCAACAAUGGCGUGUCCUUCCGGGGCUAUCAGGGGAUGUACCGCUGCUAUGUCAGCAACAACGGUGGCACCGCCAUCUCCUCCAAGUCAACCUCAAAACAGAGAGUGAGCACCCCUAAGUGGCCCAAGGAGAGCAUCCAGCACUUGAAGAGAGAGGAGGGAGAGUCCUUGGCUCUCCAGUGCAACCCUCCGCCCAGCAUGGCGUCCUCUAUGAUCAUCUGGAUGACGAGCAAGAUGUUCAAUAUCAAGCGGAAUGAGCGAAUAUCGCAGGGUCAGGAUGGGAACCUGUACUUCUCCAACCUGCAGGUGGGUGAUAGCCUGGAGGACUACACCUGCUACGCCCAGAUCCCAGGCACACGCACCAUUAUCCAGAAGGAACCCAUCGCACUUGAAGUCACCACGUCAAACUCCGUGAAGCUCCGGAAGCCGCGGCUGCUGCAUCCCAGGGGUUCCAGCAGCUCCCGGCUGGCUCUCCGAGGGCACCCGCUGUACCUGGAGUGCUUCGCAGAAGGGCUCCCGACUCCCACCGUGCAAUGGGACAGGCUUGACGGGAUCCUUCCCAGCGGUCGCCUCAGCUACGAGAACUUCAACAAGACCCUGAAGAUUGCGGAGGUGGUGGAGGAAGAUCACGGGGAGUACCGCUGCAUCGCCAGGAACGGGCAGGGUCAGGCCAAGCACACCUUCAGCGUCUCCGUGGAGGCUGCUCCCUACUGGGUGAAGAAGUCCGAGGACGGCGUCUACGGCCCGGGGGAGAACGUGCUGCUGGACUGCGACGUGGAGGCGAAGCCGAAGGCAGUGAUACGCUGGAGCAUGAACGGGGUGCCUCUGAACGAGACAGACCCGGAUCCACGGAGAAAGAUAUCGGGCAGCAGGGUCAUCCUGACAGCAGUGAAGAAAGAGGACUCCGCCAUCUAUCAGUGUGAGGCAGAGAACAAGCACGGCACCCUGCUAGCAAACAUCAUCGUACAGGUCGUUGAGCUUCCCGCUCAGAUCCUCACCCCCUCCGACCAGGAAUACCAGUUGGUGGAGAAGCAGACAGCAUAUCUGCACUGCAAGGCUUUCGGCGCUCCCACACCCAAAAUCCAGUGGAACAAGGAGGACAUGCAGGCCGUCCUGCAGGACGUUCGCUACUUCCUCUACACGAACGGGACCUUGAGGAUCGAGGAUGUGCAGAAAAUGGACGGGGGUAUCUACACCUGCAAUGCCUCGAAUGGAAUCGGCGAGGACAGUCUACUGACUGCCCUGCUCGUUAAAAACGCAAGCCGGAUGAUCGAGCCCCCGAGGGAACAGCACAUCCAGCGGCUGCACUCGGUGACGUUCCGGUGCUUGGUGGAAGUCGACCCCUUGCUGUACCCUCCCGAGCUGGAGUGGAGGAAGGACGGGCUGCCCAUUGAUGAGUCCCCCGAUGACGAAAGCAAGUAUCACAUCCGAGAAGGCCUCCUGAAAGUCAAAAACGUCAGCUACGAAGAUGAGGGGAUUUACACGUGCACGGCCCGAACCAGCCUGGACUCGGUGGCAGCCAGCGCACAGCUCAUUGUGGUCGAUCGGCCAGACCCACCCGUUGACCUGAAAAUGGAAAACUUCCAACCCAGGGAGGUACUGCUGUCGUGGAGACCAGGGAAUGCUCACAACAGUCCCAUCGAGGAGUUCGUCAUUGAGUUCGAGGAGAACGUCUUUGAACCAGGCACGUGGCACAAACUGAGGCACAUGAAGAGUAACCAACUCCAGGCCGUGCUGGAACUCUCUCCUUACGUCAACUACAGCUUCCGGGUCGUGGCCGUCAACCGCGUUGGGAGCAGCCGCCCCAGCCAGGCCACGGAGCGCUACAUGACCCCGGCAGCAGUCCCAGACAAGAAUCCAGAGGGAGUGAAAGGAGAAGGAUCUCUUCCCAGCAACAUGAUCAUCUCGUGGCAGGUUCUGAAGGGGCUGGACCAGAAUGCCCCCGGCCUGCAUUAUGUUGUGAAGUGGCGACAGCUGGGAGUGGCCGAUGAGUGGAAAGAGUUGGUGGUGGAUAACCCUCCCUACGUAGUCAACGCGACCCCCACCUUUGUACCCUACCAGAUACAAGUGCAGUCCUACAACCAGGAGGGAUCAGGCCCAGAGCCCAGCACCGUCAUCGGCUAUUCAGGCGAGAACUAUCCUCUGCAGAGCCCAGAGUCGGUGUCCAUGGUUAACAUAAGCUCAUCAUCCGUCAGAGUAAAGUGGGCUCGAGUCAGUGAAGAGUCACUUCGUGGGCACCUUCAAGGGUAUAAGGUCAUCUACUGGAAACACCACAGUGCAGAGCGUCACCAGCAGAUUGUCCACGGUGACCAUAACCACACUCUCAUCGAGAACCUCAAGCCCUACACCAAGUACAAUCUUGUGGUGAAGGUGUUCAACGGCAAGGGAGACUCUCCUGAGACUGAACCUCCCCACCAGUUCACCACCCUUGAGGGAGUUCCCAGUAAGCCCACCAGGGUGCACCUGGAGUUACUGAAGAACACGGAGGUUGCUGUUUCCUGGAGCCCACCCCAACAUCCCAACGGGAUCAUCACUGGAUACGUGCUGCAGUAUCAGCAGAUCAAUGGGACGGUUAGCGGCCCCCUGAGAGAGCAGAUCGUAUCAUCCCCAGCCACCACCAGGGUCACUGUUCAAGACCUCCAGCCCAACUCCUUCUACAAGUUCUACGUGAUGGGACAGACCUCUGUGGGCAGGGGCAAGGCAACUGACAAGGGUAUUUUCACCAGCCGGGAAGGAGAGCCCAGGGUGCUGAAGAACAUCAACUACACCGUGGGUGACACACACACCAACAUCACCUGGAUUGUCCUGGAGGGGCAUCGGGUCACAGAGCUCCAAGUUCAGUACAUGAGCAACGACGCCAAGGAUGACUGGAAAGACUCAAAGCCAGUGAACUCCACGCAGAACUUCUUCAUGCUGGAUGGACUGAAGCCAGGGACGCCCUAUCGGAUCAAGCUGUGGCAAGUCGGGCAGUUUGAGAAUCUCCUGGUAUGGGACAAGGAGGUGGAGACCCUUGGGCCAGUCAUAAACGAGCUCAACAAUGGCAUAGCCACACAGGGCUGGUUCAUCGGCCUGAUCAGCGCCGUCGUCCUCCUCGUCCUCAUCCUGCUCAUCGUCUGCUUCAUCAAGAGAAACAAGGGAGGCAAGUACUCAGUGAAGGAUAAGGAAGACGCUCACGUCGACUCGGAGGCCCGGCCCAUGAAGGACGAGACGUUUGGUGAAUACAGUGACAACGACCAGGAAGAGAAGCCCUUCAACGGCAGCCAGCCCUCGCUGGACGAGCGGAUCAAGCCACUGGGAAGCGACGACAGCCUCGUGGACUACGGGGGCAGCGUCGACGUGGAAUUUAACGAGGACGGUUCAUUCAUCGGCCAGUACAGCGGCAAGAAGGAGGAAAAGGAGGCGGCAGGCAGCUCGGGGGGAGGCUCCCCAGUCAACGUUGACAUCACGCUGGAUUAGGGGUUCAGUGACGGGGGGUGGGUGGGGAAGUGAUGGGGUGGGUAUCUCCCAACGAGCGCAAACAUCGUAAACCAAUUUACGUCAAUUUCCGUGGGUGCUACCUAUAAAUUUGUACUUGCCAAACUUUCUUUUUUGUUUUCUCACUUCGUACGGUCCCCUUUUCAUUUUCUUGUCUGUCGCUUUCUUAAACGGUGCAGAGGAACUUGGAGUCAGAAGGAGGUGAUGAGAUGGUGCUCCAGCACACUGGAUCUCAGAUACUGCGGGGUGGUGGAAGGGGGAUGGAGGACGACUGGAUCUGAGGUUGAGGGAGAGAAGAGGAUAGCAUUGAACAGUGGCAGGCAUCUCUCUCUGACCAGUCACAGUUCCUGCCUGAAUGGAGAUGGGGGAGUUCCACUAAAGCACACCCACCCUCCAUAUCUAACAGUACUGGCAGUCCAGCUAGAGGCUGAGGGAACGCUCAGCAAGUGGUCUCUCUUUCAGCUUCGAUCAAGCUUGGACCAGUGUGGAGGGAGCUUCACUCUGAGUCUGACCCCAGGAGUGUGUGGAGGGAGCCUCACUCUAUGUCUGACUCUGGGAGCAUGAUGAGACAGCGUGGAGAGGGGUUUCAUUCUGUGUCAGACCCUGCGAGUUUGUGAUAGUACAGUAUAGAGGGAGAUUCACUCUGUGUCUGACCCCGGGAGUGUGUGAUGGGACGGUGUGGAGGGAGCUUUGUCUCUAGCCAGUGCCCUGUUGACACUGUAGACAUAUCUGAGACAAACAAAACAAAAUCAUUUAACAUUGGAAUCUGAUCUGCAGGCUGGUGGUAUGAAUUGCAUGUGACUGACUUUCUGCGUCUUUGCGCAUGUCUUAAAGGCUCUUGUGUACAUAGUUAACAUACUGUCUGAAUUUUGUUGUCUGUCUCUUGUUGCCAACUGUGGAGCACUCUACCAGUGUAUAUUUAACUGUAAAUACUCUUGUAUUUCACUUUCCAAUUUAUAGAGCACUACCGCACUGAAACAGGCCCUUUGGCCCAUCUAGUCUCUACCAGACUUGUAUGCACUCUUGCCUUGUGUUGAAUAUUGUGGUUGGUGGUUACACUAACCCUUGCCUCCCCCACCCCAUUUAGAAAUGUACACUCCAGUUCUUGUGAUUUCCAAAGUAGCCCAGCGCCAUGUACACUGCUAACGGGGUGGUGGGAUGCCAGACUUGUGACCUGGAGAGAAUCCAGCAUGGGGGAGUCAGCUGUGAUAUCCAGUCCACCCCAGUGGCACCUCCCAGUGGGGCAUGUCACUGUAGGGGAAACGCAUCCUGGGUAUCGUGACACAGAUCCUGUCCCGCAAGCACAGGCCCGAUCCCGACAUAGACACAGAUCCUAUCUUGUCACUGUGGGGGAGUCUUAGACACAGACACAGAUCCCAUCCUGUCACUGUGGGGGAAUCACAGAUACAGACUGAUCCCAUUCCCAUAUGGGGAGUCAAAGACACAGACCUCAUUACCAACACUGUGAGGAAAUCACAGACGACUUGUCCUGUCACUGGGGUGGGGUGUCCGUUCAUAGUCACAGACCCCAUCUGUAUGAGGGUGAGGAUCACAAACACAGACACCAUCAUGUCACUGGUGUGGAAUCGCAGGCUUAGACUGCACCUUCCAUCCUAUUAAACCCAGACAAAGUCUGUUCCAAGCUUUCGUCCGGGCUGUGCACCGGGAAUCCGUGGGUGAGCCAUACUGACCCCGGGAAAGUGCGAUCGGCCCACAGCGACUGAUGUGGAAACGGAGGCCAAAACACAAAUAAAUCAGCCAGGAUGGAAUGAUGACACAGGCUCGAUGGGCCAAAUGACCUAAUUUUGCUCCUAUGUCUUAUGGUCUUCUGGGUGGGUGGCCAGGAUGUAUUUUAAUAGCCAAGAUAUGAUUUCCAAUGCCUUUAUUCCCCUGAUAUAAACUGUGUAAAUUCUUGCAAUGUUAAAUAAUAUACAUGGUCACAAAUAAACGAAGUUCACUCCCUCUCUCUUCCACUCCUCUUUUUCUCUUUCACUUUAUUUCUUGUCCUCUGUUUUCUUCUUAAAAUGACACUGGUCUUGGAUUCGUGUUUCAGAAUUCGUGGUUCAUUAUCACAGGCAUACG